CAGUAUAGCUUGCCUGCUAAAACCAGCUAGCUAGUAUACCGUUAGCUAUUGAUUGUCUGCAUUGUCUAAAUUUUUGGAAAAGACUGGCAAACUGGUGCAAUGGUUGAGAUGACGGACAAUAAUGUAUUCCAUGUUAAAACAUUAAUAAGCAGUCGAGAAAUAAAAGAUACGGCUAACCAAAUAGCGUCAUGGAAAAUCUGGUGAGAGCGAAGUAGGCUUGUCAAAGCCACGUAGUUUGGGCUAGCAUUCAGCGCAUUGCCAGUAAGCGUAGGCUAGCCAUCUAGCAAGCCAACUAACCUUGCUAGUGUGUGAUAGCUACAAGUCGCUUGCUUUGCUAGCUAGCUAGCUGAGAGUCUAUAGGGUGAUGGGCUAACUUAGUUUUGAUAAUGUUAGGAUACACACACCUGAAGUAUUAUGUUUUUCUAUUCUGAUACGUUUGUUUCAUGACAUUCUGGUUAGCAUAUAGACGAUGCAAUGAUUAAGAUGCUCUACAAUUAGCCUGUUAAACAUCAUGGAUGUAAAGACCAUUUAGCUACAUUUUAUAACCACCGUUUGAAACGGUGUCCCAACAUCACUAAACCUGAGCUAUUUUUUGAGACGGCUAGCUGGCUAGCAUGCGACCGAACAAUACCAGAAGCCUUUCCCCAACCUCGUGAACUGUUCCGAUGUGCGCCUGUGGUUUGAAGUUGGUUGUCUGAAGGCCGCAGUAAAAGUUCUCUCUGAUUCUAAUGGUGACUGUGCUUUUACCAUCACCAGAGGACUAACUGCAGGCUCGUCACUAAUGUGUUCUCUGUGGACGCGGCGGCCAACGUAUCCCUGACUGCGUGAGCACAUGCUGUUUCAGCGGUUGCGAUGGACCGCUGCAAGCAUGUGGGCCGCCUGCGCUUGGGACAGGACCACUCGACGCUGAACCCGCAGAAAUGGCUCUGCACGGACUGUGGCACCGGCGAGUCGGUGUGGGCGUGCCUCAAGUGCGCGCACGUGGCCUGCGGGCGCGACCUGCACGACCAUGCGCUCGCCCACUUCCAGGCCUCGCGGCACCCACUGGCCAUGGAGGUCCGUGAGCUGGACGUCUUCUGCUUCGCCUGCGGCGACUACGUGCUCAACGACAACGCCGAGGGCGACCUGAAGCUGUUGCGCGGCGCGCUGUCCACCAUCCGCAGCCCCAACAGGCGCUCGCUGCGCUCCUCGGCGGCGGCAGGCGGUGGCGAGGGGGGCGCGUGGAUGGAGGCGGAGGGGAUGCUGCGGCCGCCCUCCCAGGUGGCGCUGUGGCACCGGCGGAAGGCGCUGCUGGGCCGCAUGCUGCAGCAGUGGCGGCGCCGGCGGCAGGACGAGGAGCGCAAGCGCUGCCGCAAGCUGGAGCAGGAGAGGCAGGAGCGCCGCGAAGUCAAGAGGAGGCUCCUGGGAGAGCUGGCCGGCAGCGGUGGUGGCAGUGGCAGCGGCGGCGGGCCGCCCAGGAAGAGCGCGCGCUUGCUCACGCAGGCACCGCGGCCCACGCUCACACUCGUGCCCUUCAAGUUCCGGGACCCGCCCGAGCGCCUGCCGCAGGUCUCGUCGCCGCCAACCCCGUCGGCUGCCGUGCGGAGACCCUCGGCGCUGUCGGUCCGGAACGCCAAUGCCCAGUCGCCCAAGCCGCGGCGGUACCACGCCUCAUUGACCCCGCGGCGCCGGAGGCUGGCGCCAGGCGUCACUGGGCUGCGUAACCUGGGCAACACUUGCUACAUGAACUCCAUCCUGCAGGUGCUGAGCCACCUGCAGAAGUUCCGCGAGUGUUUCCUGACGCUGGACCUGUGCGAGACCGAGGAGCUGCUGGCCAAAACCAAGACCUCGCAGGGUGUCAAGGGCGUUGUGGUGGGGAGUGGCGGAGGAGGAGGAGGGGGAGCCAUCGAAGGAGGAGGAGCAGGAGCAGCAGGAGGUGGGACUGGAGCGGUGCAGGGCGAGGCCAGGGGUCCGGCUGCGGGCAGCAACAAGGAGUCCCGCUCGUCCUCGCGCCAGCGCAUGUCGCUGUGCCACGAACUGCACACGCUCUUCAGGGUCAUGUGGUCGGGCCGCUGGUCACUGGUUUCGCCCUUCGCCAUGCUGCACUCGGUGUGGAACCUGAUCCCGGCGUUCCGCGGCUACGACCAGCAAGACGCGCAGGAGUUCCUCUGCGAGCUGCUGGACAAGGUGCAACAGGAGCUGGAGUCCAACGGCAGCAAGCGCCGCAUCCUCAUGCCCAUCACCCAGCGCAAGCUCUCCAAGCAGGUGCUCAAGGUGCUCAACACCAUCUUCCAUGGCCAGCUACUCAGCCAGGUAACGUGUCUUUCUUGCAAGCACAAGUCCAACACGGUGGAGCCUUUCUGGGACCUGUCCUUGGAGUUCCCAGAGCGGUACCACAGCGGGCAGAAAGCCUCCGGCUCGCUGGGACUGAAGAGCUGCUCCCUCACGGAGAUGCUGGCGAAGUUCACCGAAACCGAGGCGCUGGAGGGACGUAUCUACGCCUGCAACCACUGCAACAAGAAGAGGCGAAAGACGUCUCACAAGCCACUGAUUCUCACAGAGGCCUGCAAGCAGCUUUUGAUCUACCGCCUGCCUCAGGUGCUACGGUUACACCUCAAACGCUUCCGGUGGUCUGGAAGAAACCACCGGGAGAAAAUCGGUGUGCACGUGGCGUUUGAUCAGGUCCUGAACAUCAAGCCCUACUGCUGCAGAGACUCCGCCUCUGGCCUCCACCGAGAGGGCUUCACCUAUGACCUCUCUGCUGUAGUGAUGCAUCAUGGGAAGGGCUUUGGCUCAGGACACUAUACAGCAUAUUGCUACAAUACUGAGGGCGGUUUCUGGGUUCACUGUAACGACUCGGUGAUGAACGUGUGCUCUGUGGAGGAGGUGUGUAACACUCAGGCCUACAUCCUGUUCUAUACCCAGCGCUCAGCGUGAGGGGCGGGGCUCCGUCAGCCGCACCGUCUGCCUCUUUUAACCACCACCAGCCAAUCCUGCCCCUGCCAGAGCAGAGAGACAGCCAGCCAGAGACGGAUGGGGACCUGCUGCCUGCAUAUGUACAGACACACACCAAGACACACACACACACACACACACCACACACCUCACACACACACACAUUCAGAGAACCAUUCUUAACCAGGGCAUUUUAAACUUAGGACCAAGCUCUGCGUUCUGAGCAGGGUUGAGCGUGGGGCGUGCAGGGUCUGGCCCCUCCCAUUCAGAGCCUUGCCCCCCUCUUGCCCACACCCCCUCCCCCCAGAUGGACGUUGCCGCUGCAGCAGCUGCUGCAGAGCAGAGUGAGAAGCUGAUGUUCACGGAGACGUUGCACAAGACGUGAGGUUGUUGGUGAGCCUCUGUUAGGCUCUCAGAUCGCAUCUCUUCACGUUGUCAGAAAAAAAGAGAGGGCAUUGACCGACUUGAUUGAUUGAUUGAUUGAUCGUUCGAUUGACCGAUCGAUUGAAUUAUUGAUUGAAUGAUUGUUCAGAUUUGAGGGGAAAGUUAUGGAGAGGAGUGGCUUGUCUCCUUCCAGAACGAGAGCAGAGCAAUAUAAAAUCGACGUCACGACAGGAAAUCAACAAGCAAAAAUCAGGAAAAAUCUUUGACUUUGUAAUACAAGUUUGUUUUUUUUACUACUCUGCUGUUUCUAUUUGGGUUGUGGCUGUUGUUAUUAAACCUCUGUCGCCAGGUAAUCAGGAAAUAUCACUGCUGUCCUAUCAAUCAUGAAUGGAAGGAGUACAUUUUUAAGAAGAAAGAAAGAAAACAAUGGGUUGUGAUGAACUAGUAAUGAAACAAUCUAAUGACAAUGAAUGUCUUGUUCUUUUGUUUAUUUUUUUGUUUUUGUUUUCUUUUUGUAUGGGGUUGGGUUGUGGGUUGUAGUUUUUUGACUCCAUCGUGAGGGUGGAGAAGUAGACCAGUGGUCAGCUAGAGCUGUGGUCAGCAGCUCUGGCCCUUUAGUCCUGUGUUGUGAAAGCACCUGUGAUUACUGUACUGAUCAAACAACAGAUGCCAGAUGAUGAUGAUGAUGAUGAAGAUUAAAAGCCUAAAAUACA